AUGGCUAGGCCUCUGGAGAAGGCGGUGGCUGCUAUCGUGUGCACCUUCCAGGAAUAUGCGGGACGCUGUGGGGACAAGCACAAGCUCUGCCAGGAAGAGCUCAAGGAGCUGCUACAGAAGGAGCUGCCCACCUGGACUCCGACGGAGUUCCGGGAGUGUGACUACAAUAAAUUCAUGAGCGUUCUGGACACCAACAAGGACUGCGAGGUGGACUUUGUGGAGUAUGUGCGCUCGCUUGCUUGCCUCUGCACCUACUGCCACGACUACUUCAAGGACUGCCCCCCGGAGCCCCCCUGCUCCGAGUAG